AUGUCGGAUCUCAUCUCUUCAACCCUAACAGGGGCCCUGUUCGGGGCUGCCCUGACCGUCUCGGGCGUCUAUCUGCCCAACACGAUCAUCUCUCAAAUGAAACUGCAAGACUUCCACAUGCUCAAGGUCUUCCUCACGGCCAGUUCCGCCAGCGCCCUCGUCAUCUCCCUCUAUGAGCGUCUCAUCAAACGACCGCUCAGCCGCCGCCCCCCUUCAUCCAUCGGCUGGUUCGGCUCAUACGAUGGCAACAUCAUCGGCGGCGCCAUGGUCGGCGCCGGCAUGGUCCUCACAGGCGCCUGCCCCGGCACCGUCCUGGUCCAGGUCGGCACCGGCAUCUCCUCCGGCCGCUACGCAAUGCUCGGCGGCCUGCUAGGCGGGAUCCUGUACGCCCAGAUGGCCGGGCUCCUCGGCCGUGCGCCCGGCGCACCCUGCACCCCGACCCCCGCACCCAGCAAGAUCGACCACAGCCUCCCCGCCAAGCUCGGGGUGAGUCCCGCCAGCGCGGCGCUGGCCUUCCAGACCAUGUGCGUGUGCCUCAUUCUCGCGACCAAGACGCUGGCGCCGAGUUUGACGCGCAGCACCGUCGACCCGGUGGUCGGCGGUCUGUUGAUCGGGGCAGCCCAGCUCGCGAGUCUGAUCAUGACCAGGGCGCCGGUGGGUGUGUCGACGAGCUACGAGGAUAUCGGGCGGUGGACGUGGAGCUGCCUCAAUGGGGGCGGGAGCGUUGAGCCCGUCGCGGACACACGGCCGGCGUUGUUGCCGCUGACCAAGUCGGUUUGCUUCUCGGGUGGGAUCCUGGCGAGCAGCUAUGCGCUGUCGCGGAUGCUUCCGGAGUUGGCUACGGUGGAUGCAUUGCCGGUGUCGCCGCUGCAGGGUGUGCUGGGAGGCUUGGUCAUGGUCUUUGGUGCCCGGUUGGCGGGAGGGUGUACGAGUGGGCAUGGGAUCAGUGGCAUGAGUAUGCUGGGGACGAGCAGUAUCAUCAGCGUGGCCUCGAUGUUUGGAGGCGGGAUCGCCUUGGCAUUGCUGCGUUCGUGA